UUUGCUGCUCCAAAUGUGGAUAAUAAUUCUACAGAAUGAUAUGACCUGCAUAUUUGAACCUCGGGGUGGUUUGUGGUGAACGGGGAUGUGUCAUUUCGGUGCGUAAAGCUUCUUAAAGCGCUGUCGGGCUGUGCGCGUUUGCGCGGUUCGCCAUACGGACGGAGGACUCUUUACCACAAAGGCGCGGGGCGUUCAGGAAGCUCUGCGGGUUAUCUAAACGUUUGAAGACGCGAUGCAAAAAGGUCAAAAUGUUUAUAUUAUUAUAUUUUUUUCUUAAAGGGAGGCGCUGAGCUCUCCUUUCCGCCUGAUUGGCCGAACUUGACAGAGAUUGACGUGCAUCCAUGGCAACCGCGCAGCCAAUCUGCCAAGUCCAAUAGGAAAUCAUCGGAGGGGGUUUGACUGGCUUUUUCUCCCCCUUUAAAAAUACAUCUCGGCUCCUAAUUCCUCCCUACAUUCAAUCCCAGUGUAUCUUUUUAAAAAAUCUGCGCGGUGCUGGCGUGCGUUUUCUCGCAUCUUUGUUUUUUUUUCUUGUCGGCCAAGUUCGCCAAGGCCGAGGAUGCGGUAGCCGGUCCCCACGCGCAUCGUCCCUCCUCUUGGUUUGGUGUUUGCGUUCUUCUCGGCUGAUCCGGCGAUUGGCUCGAUAAGUUUGGGAUUGUCUGUGUUUUUUCCUGGCCGCCUUGGAUCCCCUUGGCUAAACGGGGAGACGACGAAGAGGAGCCGAGGCGGAGGAGAGCGAGCGAGGAGAACGGAGGGGGGUGAAGGAAACCCUGGAGAAGCCUCCAUGUUCCAGUUGCCCAUCUUGAAUUUUAGCCCCCAGCAGGUCGCCGGGGUCUGCGAGACUCUGGAGGAGAGCGGGGACGUCGAGCGCCUCGGCCGCUUCCUCUGGUCGCUGCCGGUCGCGCCAGCGGCCUGCGAGGUCCUCAACAAGAAUGAGUCGGUGCUGAGAGCGCGCGCCGUCGUCGCCUUCCACACCGGCAAUUUCCGUGAACUCUACCACAUCCUGGAGAACCACAAGUUCACCAAAGAGUCGCACACGAAGCUGCAGGCGCUCUGGCUCGAAGCGCACUACCAGGAGGCUGAGAAGCUGCGGGGGCGCCCGCUGGGGCCCGUGGACAAAUACAGGGUGCGGAAGAAGUUUCCCCUUCCCAGAACCAUCUGGGAUGGAGAGCAGAAAACCCACUGCUUUAAGGAGAGAACCAGGCACUUGCUACGAGAAUGGUAUUUGCAGGAUCCGUACCCGAACCCCAGCAAAAAAAGGGAGCUUGCACAGGCGACUGGACUUACACCCACACAAGUGGGAAACUGGUUCAAAAACCGCAGACAAAGAGACAGAGCGGCUGCUGCCAAGAACAGGCUACAGCAGCAGGUUCUGUCCGGCGGCUCGGUUCGCUCAUUGGCGGAUGAUGAUGGCACCGUGGACCGCCUGGGGAAUUCGUCCAGUCCGGAGGCCAGUUUGUCCAGCAAAGCGGCCGCCUCGGCCAUCUCCAUCACCUCCAGCGACAGUGAAUGUGACAUCUGACGGGCAGGAAGGAGAGAAAAAGAAAAGAAGAAGAAGAAGAGGGGGAUACGUGUGAAAGACAAUCUAAUAAAACAAGUAAUAGUGCCUGCGUUGAGUUCAAAAGAAAAAAUAAGUAUAUAUCACACACAAACUGAUUAUUGACAGCUGCCAAAACAUGCGGGGAGAUCCGUGACGCGCGGCGGACUGCCCAUCUCUGUCCUCUUUAGGCCUGUGUUGUUUCGCCCAUGUGUGGAAAACUGAAAACGGAUUUCACGGACUAACAGUGCUUCAAAAUGAAAAA